AAUGCUUCUCUCCCAGACCCGGGGGCGUAUGCCCGCCGCUCUUCGGAGCCUCAACCAGCGCUCGUUGAACAGCCGCUCGCUCUCUACCACCCUCUCCCGCAAGCAGAAUGCCGACGAUAAGGAUGCCGGCCUCAACAAAGUUUCCCGCCAUAUCACCCAGCCCAUCUCGCAGGGUGCCUCGCAGGCGAUGCUGUACGCCACUGGUCUCACCGAGGCGGACAUGAACAAGGCCCAGGUCGGAAUCUCGUCGGUGUGGUACAAUGGUAACCCUUGCAACAUGCAUCUGAUGGACCUCAGCAAUCGCGUCCGCGAGGGUGUCCAGAAGGCCGGAUUGGUCGGGUUCCAGUUCAACACCGUUGGUGUCAGUGACGGUAUCAGUAUGGGUACCAAGGGUAUGCGCUUCUCCCUGCAGAGUCGUGAUCUGAUCGCCGAUUCCAUCGAGACGGUCAUGGGCGGUCAGUGGUAUGACGCCAACAUCAGUAUCCCCGGCUGUGACAAGAACAUGCCUGGUGUCUUGAUGGCGAUGGGCAGAGUGAACCGUCCCAGUUUGAUGGUCUACGGCGGUACCAUCAAGCCCGGUUGCGCUUCGAUGCAAAACAAUGCCGACAUCGACAUUGUCUCCGCCUUCCAAGCCUACGGACAGUUCCUGAGCAAGGAGAUCACUGAGCCCGAGCGGUUUGAUAUUAUCCGCAACGCCUGCCCUGGCGGUGGCGCUUGCGGUGGUAUGUACACUGCCAACACCAUGGCCACUGCUAUCGAGGUUAUGGGUAUGACCCUCACUGGAUCCUCCUCCAACCCCGCCGAGUCCCAGGCCAAGCACCUCGAGUGUCUUGCGGCUGGCGAGGCGAUUAAGAUCCUUCUCAAGGAGGACAUCCGUCCCCGCGAUAUUUUGACCCGCCAGGCUUUCGAGAACGCCAUGAUCGUCGUCAACAUCACCGGUGGUUCUACCAACGCCGUUCUUCACUUGAUCGCCAUCGCCGACUCUGUUGGCAUCAAGCUGGAUAUCGAAGAUUUCCAAGCUGUCUCCGACCGCACCCCCUUCUUGGCCGACCUCAAGCCUUCCGGCAAGUACGUCAUGGCCGAUCUGCACAACAUCGGCGGUACACCUUCCCUGCUCAAGUUCCUGCUCAAGGAAGGCAUCAUCGAUGGAUCCGGUAUGACCGUCACCGGUCAGACCCUGGCCAAGAACUUGGAGAAGGUCCCCGACUUCCCCGAGAACCAGAAGAUCAUCCGCCCCUUGUCCAACCCUAUCAAGCCCACCGGUCACAUCCAAAUCCUGAGAGGUACCCUGGCUCCUGGUGGCAGUGUUGGUAAGAUCACCGGUAAGGAGGGAACCGUCUUCACCGGCAAGGCCCGCGUGUUCGACGAGGAGGACGACUUCAUUGCUGCCCUCGAGCGCAACGAGAUCAAGAAGGACGAGAAGACCGUUGUGGUCAUCCGCUACUGCGGUCCCAAGGGAGGCCCUGGCAUGCCCGAAAUGCUGAAGCCCUCUUCCGCCCUGAUGGGAGCCGGUCUCGGCGACUCCUGCGCCCUGAUCACCGACGGACGUUUCUCCGGCGGUUCCCACGGGUUCCUGAUCGGCCACAUCGUCCCCGAGGCCGCCGUCGGCGGUCCCAUCGGUCUGGUCCACGACGGCGAUGUGAUCACCAUCGACGCUGAGAAGCGCGUCCUCGAUCUCGACGUCAGCGAGACGGACCUUGCCGUGAGAAGACAGCAGUGGGAAGCCGAUAAGACUGCUGGCAAGUUGCCUCCCACCGGUCUGACCCUCCGCGGAACCCUUGGCAAGUACGCUAGACUUGUCAAGGACGCCAGCCACGGCUGUAUCACCGACGCCCUCGACUAAACAUCCAGGGCUGUAACAUAAAUUCCCAAAAACUUCUUACGUGUCUUAUUUUCUUAGCUCUCCUCCAUCUUUACAGGAUUGUAAUCAGGUCUAUCUUGCCUGGGAUGAGCCUGGGUUUGGGUUCGGUUUUCUGAGUACGGGUAAAGUGUUUCAAGGGUUAGGCGAGACCCUUUUUUCUUUUUUGCCUCUUUGCAAGCAAAAGACCAAAAGCAAAGAUUUUCCCUGUGUGAUAUGCAAAGUUUGAUGUGUGCGACGUGCCUCUACAUGUUUCGUUUUACUGCAGAACAAACAAUGAUGAUGAUACC